UGUCAGAAAGAACAAAGUUACUGUGCUGCUUUUUGUUUUCCCUUUUAUUCUUUGACGAGUCGCGGGGCCCGCGGACUUUAGAGUGGUUCAUUUUCCUUUUUUUCUGCGGCUGGGACAGGGGGUACCGCAGCAUUUACCUUUGCCGGUUUCAUCAACAUCUUGGAAUCUGAGGUUGGGUGAUGUGUUUAGCCACUAGGGUACAACCAAGGGGUCGCGGACGAUUCUUCCACCUCACGAUGAUGUGAAAGCGUAGGCAUGGAGUGCUGCUGAUCUUCACUUUCAGUAUAGUAUUCAAUAAAUUAUACCAUCUAUUCUGCAGUUUACUAUAAAAUAGGCUUUGGGUCAGAUAAUAUUGCCUAACUGUAGGCUAAUGGGAGUGUUUUGAACACAUUUAAGACAGACUAGGAUGUGAGGUUUGGUAGGUAUAUUAAAUGCAUUUUCAACUUAGGAUAUUUUCAGCUUGGGAUGGGUUUAUUGGGAGGUAACACACUGUAAGCUAAGGAGCAUGCGUAUCCACAACUUCUCUCCACCUUCUCAGCCCAUACGUUUAAAAUUUGUUUGUAGACACUUUUGUAUAUGAAUUCUGUAUACAGGUGCAUUUAAGUGUGUAAAAGACCUUCCGAAGUUCUUAUUUCUUCAAAUGAUUCUCUGUGGAACAUCGGACAUACCAAGUCAUAAUGUUGGGAACAAUGUGUUGAAAUAAAACAUGCAAGCAAGAUAGAAAAAGAAUUAAAGAGGCACGUUAAGAUCAUGAUAUUAUAAUUAUCAUAAUUGAUAACUGAUUGACAAGGUGGUCUGGGUUAUUUUAUAAUUCUGUUUCCAUUCAGUUCCAAAUAUAGAUGACUACACAAUUCUAUUUUAGUGAUUAUUUUCAUGAGGAGUAGGUUAAAAUCACAAAAUUAGUUGUGAUUAGGGGCUUAUAUUUAUAUUUCUCUAUUAGAGUGGGAAUUUAGCCUCGUGGUGAAAUGCCUGCCUCCCACACCAGAGUGCUGGGUUCAGUUCCCGGCUCUGGCUCCUACCUCCAGCUUCCCACCAGUGCAGGCACUUGGAAGCAGUGGUGAUAGCUCAAGUAGUUGGGUUCCUGCCACCCUUGUGGGAGAUCUGGAUUGUGUUCCUGGCUCCCACCCAGUCCCAGCCAUUUCAGGCAACCGGGGUGUGGACCAGUGGAUGGGAACUCUGUCUCUCAAAUUGAAAAGAAAAAAACCCUUAAAACAGAAUAUAUGGUUAUCAAGGGGAAGCAAGCAGUCUGGGAGCUUGCUUCUCCGUAUCAGUGAUUUGAAGCAUGUGGCCCACCCUAAGUGUCCACGCUUACCCAAGAGGAUAGGCUGAUAGUUUCUAUGAGGGCUUCAUCUGUUCUCCUUGGAUGGCUUUCCCAGCCCAGGUGCAGGGGUGGGGGUGGGGGACUGGGUCACAUCUGUGGCUGUUGCUAUCCAAACAGGAUUUUCUUUUUUAUUUGUAUGGAGGGCAUCCAUAAUCAUCUGCAUAAUUGCACUUCAAAUCUCUGCUUUCCUUUCAGGAAGUACAGUAUUUCCUUUGCUGAACCCACUCUUAAUGACCAAAGGAAAGUCAAUAGAGACACACCAGUUUCCUUUCCAUUGAAUUUUGGCUUAUUUCAAUCAGGUCUCUUAAUUCUUUUAAUUUCUGUUCUUAUGUAGAGACAUGUAACAUGUAGCUGGGAAACAGUAUAAUUGCUCAUUGAAAAUAUAUUAACUGAAUAAUGGAGGGAGACUGUAAACAGUGAGGAAAUGUAUUUGGCUGUCUUUUUUUAAAAAUUAUUUUUCAUUUUAUUUGAAGGGCUGAGAGAGACAGAGAGACAGAGAUCUUCCAUCCACUGAUUCACUCCCCAGAUGCCACCAACAGCCAGGGCUGGCCCAGGCUAAAGCCAGGAGCUGGAAAUUCAGACUGGAUCUCCCACCCAGAAGCAGGCACCCAACUAUUUAGACUAUCUUCUGCUUCCUUCCCAGGGUGCAUUAGCAGGAAGCUGGAUUUGAAGCAGAGUAACUGGGACUUGAACCAGGCACUCUGAUGUGGGAUUCAGGCAUCCCUUGCACCAAAUACCUGCUUUCAUUUGGUUGUUUAAUAUCACACCAUUUGGUAGACUCUAGUCUGAAAAAAAGAGCUGAAAUUCCUUGCAUCUUAUUCUGUAGUCCAAUAUUCUGUGUUUGUUUCCACAAAUCAUUUUGAACCACAGGCGAGCAGUCUUCCUGCCUUCCCAGGUGGCCUGGGAAUAUUGCUACGAGAAGAAUCUAUCCUAGAUACAUACUAGCUACAACAAGAAUUGGAAGAGUGACAGAAGGUGACAACUGUUAUUUAUCUGUUUUCUUCUCAGCUACCCUAAACAAGAGAAAUCAGGGCCCUGUGGAGUUCACAUUUAGUUAUAUUCUGGGUAUCUUUAUCAAAAGUUUGAUCAUUUGGAUAUAGGUCCUAGGAGUCUGAAAAUGAAGCCAUCCAGAUAACGCACUGGCUGUGCAACAAAGUGUUAAUUAGUCCAUUUGUAGAAGGCAGGCAGCAGGGAGGGUUUGGUGUACAGAAAACACAAUACUAAGUGAAAGUUUGGCAAAAAUGUGAAAUGCUGAGCAGCUAAAUAAUGUGCAAAUGUAUCAUCCAUACCAACAAGUAACUUUGAUAAAAUUAAACAAAUAAUAAUGUAUUUCACUCGAGGAUGUCUAUAAAGACAAGACACUUUGGUAUUAUGCAAAGAAAAGCUCAGAGUAGGGCACACCUGAAUGUUGUUGACAGGUAAGCUGUGAUGGAACAAGAGGGGCUUGUACAUUCACAGGGAAAACUCAUGUGCUUCAUGGUUUCCUUUCAGCAUCAUUUAGGAAGUUUGGCUUCUUGUCAUUUUAUGAUUUUGUGAAUCACAUUGAAUAGAGUCAUCAUGUUUGAGGUUCUAAUUUCAGGUGUUGGAAAAAAAUCACAAUUUGGAUGUGAGAAAGGACAUGAGGAGACUAAAGACCUGGGAUUUUGCUGAUCAGAAUGAAACCAAUGUUGAAAGAUUUUUCCAAUCUGUUGUUGGUGGUGCUCUGUGACUGUGUUCUUGGAGAAGCUGAGUAUCUCUUCUUGAGAGAGCCAGGCCAUGUAGCGCUGAGCAACAACACCGUGUCUGUGGAUUUCCAGUAUCUUGACGGGGCUAACGGGACACUAAGGAAUGUAUCUGUCCUGCUUUUAGAAGCCAACACCAAUCAGACUGUUACCACCAAGUACCUCCUGACCAACCAGUCCCAGGGAACGCUGGAGUUUGAGUGCUUCUACUUCAAGGAAGCUGGGGACUACUGGUUUGUGAUGGCUCCAGAAGCGACAGACAACAGCACUCCCUUCCCCUGGUGGGAAAAAGGCACCUCUCUGAAGCUGGAGUGGCCUGUCUUUCACAUCGACUUGAACAGGACAUCCACAGCAGCAGCAAGCACCUUCCAGGUAGGCCUUUUUACCAAUGAACCGCUGUGCCUGUUUCCUGUGGAUAAGCCUGGUAUCGCGGUGGACGUCAUCUUCACCAAUGGUCUUCCUGAGACAAGAACGAAUCCAGGACAACCGCUGGAGAUAAGAACCAGCAAAAGGACAGAGCUCGCUCAGGGACAGUGGGUUGAGUUUGGCUGUGCGCCGGUGGGACCAGAAGCUUAUGUCACCGUGGUGCUCAAACUGCUUGGCCGAGAUUCGGUCAUUACCUCCACGGGGCCCAUUGACCUGACCCAGAAGUUUGGAUAUAAACUAGUGGUGGUGCCAGAACUCACAUGCGAGUCUGUAGUGGAGGUGAUGGUGCUGCCCCCGCCCUGCGUCUUUGUCCAAGGGGGGAUCGCUGUUUUCAAGGAGGCUCCCCGGCGCCCUGGGGAGAGAUCCAUGCAGCUGGCUGAGAACAGCCUGCCUCUGGGAGAGAGAAGAACCGUAUUUAACUGCACUUUGUUUGACAUGGGGAAGAAUAAAUACUGCUUUGACUUCGGCACUUCGAGAAAAAGCCAUCUUUCUGCAAAGGAGAAGGCGUGCAUGUUAAUUCAGAGAAAUAUAGCUUCCCGGCCAUCCAGCUCAUCUCCCCUUCCGCCCCAGGGUCCGGUGAAGUCCAACAACAUCGUGACGGUCACCGGGAUAUCCCUGUGCAUGUUCAUCAUCGUCGCCACGGUGCUCGUCACGCUGUGGAGGAGGUUCGGCCGGCCCCCCAAGUGCAGCACUCCCGCCAGACACAACUCCAUCCACUCCCCUGGCUUCCGGAAGAAUUCAGACGAGGAGGACAUCUGCGAGCUGAGUGAGCAGCGGGGCAGCUUCUCAGACGGGGGCGAGGGGCCCGCGGGGAGCCCCAGCGAUGCGGGCAUCCCUCUGACCUACAGGCGCAGCAUGCCCUCAGCUCCUGACGACGAUGCCUCUGGCAGUGAGAGCUUCCAGUCCAACGCCCAGAAGAUCAUCCCCCCUCUGUUUAGCUACCGUCUUGCCCAGCAGCAGUUGAAGGAGAUGAAGAAGAAAGGUCUGACGGAGACCACCAAAGUGUACCACGUGUCUCAGAGCCCCCUGACAGACACCGCAGUGGACACAGCCGCCGGCCCCCCCUUAGACUUGGACAGCCCGGAAGAAGCUGCCACAAACAAGUUCCGGAUCAAAUCCCCAUUUGUGGACCAGUCUGUAGUCAGUGCUGGGGAAAGACCUCCCUCCAGGCUGGAUUUCAACGUGUCUCAGGCCACCUGUGCAGUGAGCCCCAGCCAGACCCUGAUUCGCAAGUCACAGAUAAGGCACAUGGGCAGCAGAGGGGGACCGACAGACAGGAGCCACCCCAGGAAUUCCCACUUCCGGAGGACAGCUAGUUUUCAUGAAAGCAAGCAGGCUCGGCCAUUCAGGGAGAGGAGCAUGUCCACCCUCACACCACGGCAGGCCCCCGCCUACAGUUCAAGGAUGCGGAGCUGGGACCAGGUAGAGGACAGAUUCAGGCCUCAGAGUCGAGGGGCCCACCUGCUUCCAGAGAAACUGGAGCAUAUGCAAGGGGCAGGGGGGACCAGUGGACCAUUAAGCCCUCUCCCUAAGUGCCACACCUUGAGGCAACCUGCAAGGAAACCAGACCUGGGUGAUCGCCAGGCAGGAGUGGAGAGAACAGAGCCCCACAGAGCCCGGAGGGGACCAUCCCCCAGUCACAGGAGUGUCUCAAGGAAGCAGUCUUCCCCCACCUGUCCCAAAGACAGCUAUCAGAGGGUCAGCCCUCUGAGCCCUUCUCAGUGUAGAAAAGACAAGUGCCAGAGCUUCCCCACCCAACCCGAGUUCGCCUUCUACGACAAUACGUCAUUCGGCCUCACUGAGGCCGAGCAGAGGAUGCUGGACCUCCCGGGAUAUUUUGGGUCAAAUGAAGAGGAUGAAACCACAAGUACACUGAGUGUGGAGAAGCUGGUGAUCUAGACCAAGAGUCAGCCUGAGACCCAAGGAGGUCCCACACCCCAGUAUCACAUGCUCAUAUUGUUCUGUGGACUGCUUUGUGUAACUGUACAAUAGGAUGGAAUGUGGAGAGGAAGUAAUUUGUACACAGGAAAGUGUGUGUGUGUGUGUCUUCUAAUUCUUAAGGAAGAAGUUAUUUAUCCUGAACUUUUCCUUUUGUUAUCCUGUUUCUAUUGGCUUAUUACUAAUAACAAUGAUAAUAAAAUUUAAAUGAGAACAA